AUGGCUACUCAAUAAUAAUAAUAAAGUACUCAACAGUAUCCUUAAUAAUAAUAAAAAAUACCCUGUCUGAUAGCCAUAUGUUAAAACACAACUGAAAUAACUAUAUGA